UUCUCUACCAACCAUCAAAUAGAGCGAAAAUGAGACUGUUUCCCCAUGAGCACCACAAAGUGCAAAUGAACGCUUUGGGAGUCUUAGCACAGCGUAGGCUAGCCAGAGGUCAAUGCCUCAAUGAAACGGAAGCGAUCGCACUGAUAAGCACGGUCAUACACGAAUUAAUUAGAGACGGCGAGUCCAGCGUUGCGAAAUUGAUGACCUUGGGGAAGAACAUGCUGGGCAGACGACACGUUACACCAGACGUUCCUUUCAGAAUCAAGGAAUUACAGGUCGAAGGUACUUUUCCGGAUGGCACUUUCUUAGUAACAAUACAUCAACCAAUUUCUACACAGGAUGGCAACUUAGAGUUGGCACUUUACGCGUCAUUCUUCCCUGUUCCUUCUAAUGAUUUAUUCCCACCUCACCCUGCUGAGCUAUAUGCACCUGAUAAGCAACCGGGUGCGAUCGUUACCAAACUCGGUACACCAGAUGUUAUGAUCAACAAAAAUAGGAAGAAGAUCGAAUUGAAAGUAACGAAUCUCGGAGAUAGACCUGUCCAGGUCGGAUCACAUUAUCAUUUCGUAGAAGUUAACAAAGAAUUGGAGUUUGACAGAAUAAAAGCAUAUGGAAAGCGACUUGAUUUAUUAGCAGGUACUGCUAUCAGAUUCGAGCCUGGUGCUAGUAUCACUGUUGCGCUUGUCGAGAUCGGUGGCCAUAAAUACAUAUCCGGUGGAAGCAAUCUCGCAACUGGUGUCUACGAUAAAGCUGAAACGCACAGGAUCUAUCAAAAUGUCAAAGCUGCUGGCUUUGCACAUAAGGAAGAUAUUAACGCAAGGGAAACUUUCAGCAGUGGCACACCAUUUUCGAGAGAAAUCUAUGUUUCAAUCUUCGGUCCAACUACAGGUGACAAAGUUAGACUAGCUGAUACAGAUUUGUGGAUUGAAGUCGAGCAUGACAUGACUCACUAUGGUGAUGAAUGUAAAUUUGGUGGCGGCAAGGUACUCCGAGAGGGUAUGGGUCAAGCAACAGGAAGAGGCGACAGCGAAACUCUCGAUACCGUAAUUACCAAUGCCCUAAUCGUUGACUGGACUGGUAUAUAUAAGGCGGACAUCGGUAUCAAGGCUGGAUUCAUCAAAGCAAUUGGAAAGGCAGGCAAUCCAGAUGUCAUGAAUGGGGUCACAGACGAUAUGAUAGUGGGUGUAAACACUGAAGUUAUUGCCGGUGAGGGUAAUAUAGUCGUCGCUGGUGCCCAGGAUGUGCAUGUCCACUUUAUAUCCCCAGAUCUCUGUAAACAAGCCCUCGGUACUGGUAUUACAACUCUCAUUGGUGGUGGGACUGGAGGUCCUGCCGCGGGCACAACAGCAACGACGUGUACGCCAGGUGCAAACCACAUAGAGAACAUCUUCAGUGCUACCGAUGGAAUAGCCCUCAACGUUGCAUUUACCGGAAAGGGAAAUGACUCCGGAACGCAAGGUCUCAUAGACGUGAUUGAAGCUGGUGCCGCAGGUCUCAAACUCCACGAGGAUUGGGGAGCUACACCUGCUGCUAUCGACAACUGCUUAUCUAUUGCCGAUAAGUAUGAUAUACAGGUCAACAUCCACACUGAUACACUAAAUGAGAGUGGUUUCGUCGAAAGUACGAUUGAGGCAUUCAAGGGUCGUACUAUACAUACAUACCACACAGAAGGUGCUGGUGGUGGUCACGCACCAGAUAUUAUCGUCGUCUGUGAACAAAACAAUGUCCUUCCUAGUUCGACUAACCCUACAAGACCAUUCUGUAAGAACACUCUUGAUGAACAUUUGGAUAUGGUCAUGGUUUGUCACCACCUUGACAAGAAUGUACCAGAGGAUGUCGCUUUUGCGGACUCUCGUAUUCGAGGAGAAACGGUAGCAGCUGAAGACGUUUUACAUGAUACGGGUGCAAUAUCAAUGAUAUCAUCUGACAGUCAGGCGAUGGGUCGUAUAGGAGAAGUAGUCUCCCGCACAUGGCGCACAGCUCACAAGAUGAAAUCCCUAACGGGUCAUUUAGAAGGCGCCGACGCGGAGAAUAAGAAUGACAAUGAGAGAGUAAAGAGAUACGUAUCCAAACUCAACAUCAAUCCUGCAAUCACACAUGGUAUCUCACAUGUUGUGGGUGAUAUCCAACCUGGUAAAUUAGCAGAUUUGGUUAUGUACCAACCACAAAACUUCGGUGUUAAACCUGAGAUAGUCAUAAAAGGAGGUUACAUAGCUUGGGCCGCCGUCGGAGAAGCAAACGCCUCAAUACCAACGGUCGAGCCUAUAAUAAGUUACGAAAUGUUCGGUGCCUUACAUAAAGCAGCGUCAAAGAACUCUUUCAAUUUCGUUAGUGAAAUCUCCCUGAAGAAUGGUAAAUAUGAUAGCUACAAACUAGAUAAACGAGCAUUGGCAGUGAAGAAAUGUCGAGAUGUUAGCAAACAAGACAUGAAGCACAAUAGCACGACACCAAAAAUGGAAGUAGAUCCUGAAUCCUACGAAGUAAAAGCAGAUGGUGUGCUCUGUACAGUACCACCUUCUGAUGUUCUUCCAAUGACCAAACAAUUCAAUGUCUUCUAAGGCGUUAUUACAAUAUUAAUAAAUUAUUACAUAGAUGGAUACUUUUUAAAUUGCUGAUACGGCCAUUCCGAAUGCUGAACCUUGUGUACCUCUGCAGAUACCCGCGAAUUCACUGCAAGCCUCUUUUACACGUCUUGCCGUACGUGCGGCAUUUAUAGUCUUGGCUAACUUUUCUUUAUCCUGAAGAGAAGCUCUUGAGUAGACGUCUAAUGGUUCGAGCACUGCCGCCUCGACCCAUCUUUCAGAUUGGCUGGAGAGUUUGACGACGAAAAGGAAAACAAUCUCGCCUAGUAUAGGUACUUGUGAGCGAGGAGCAUUGUGUGCAGCACCAAUUAAACUAAUUCUAACCAUAGGUGCACCAUAUUGCUUUAGAAGAUUAUCAACAAUACCUUGCUCCAUCGGUGGUAGAUUCCGUGUCUGGAAGAUAACACUAGCAACAAAGUCAGCUGCUGAUCUCAAAGAAUGUCUCUCAGGUAUUUUGAGAGCAACGGUGGAGAAUGUCAGCAAACCUUCCAGAACAGUUCCAUUUAAUUGAAGGAAUGCAAUUGGAAGUGUUUUCGUCAACAUUGUCAACAAACCGAAGAAGGUUGACGUGAGAUCUGGGUGAUCUUGCAUUUUCAAUUCAUCGGUUAGUGUUUUCGAUAUACCACUCCAAGCUAUAGUAACAAGUUGCAAUAUUAUUGAUACGAGAGCAUCUCUCGUAUGUGGUUUUUCAUCGAUAAUCAGUUUAGAUCUGUUUAUCAACGACGUAGACAAACUCAACCAGAUUGAUGACGGUAUGAGUGUCGAUAGGGCCAUUCCUGCGACAUUUAAGAGAUCAUCUAUACUUGGUGUGAGAAGUGUCGGUUGCGUAGGUGAUAUCGUUAGACUUUUCACUAUAUCUCCAUAAAUAGUAGAAAGAUCGGAAUCGGAGGUGCCUUCCAUAGCAAUCUUUGCACCUAUUUCAAUUAAUUGUUUUCUCAGUUGUGUAACUGCUUCAUCAUUUCCAACAACAUCAAUAGCAUUUUGGUUGACAUCCUCGUCGUAGUUUACCAAUCCUUUGGAAACAGCCAGGAGGUUGUCUAGCGCUAUCAAAACAUCAUCGCGUUGUGAGCUCUCUUUUGCUUUAAUAGCUAUGUCUAUAUUGGCGAAAAUUAUAUCUAUCAGUGGCCUGACCAUGGAAAUCAGCGGGUCUUUAGCUUGGAAAGGUGGUAACGCAUUGACGAUAGAGACGAUCGCUUGUAUUACUUUGGAUCUUUCCAUGACGGGUACAGUUGUCGAUAAAUUAGUGUGUAAUUCUCCAAAUGCACCAAUUUCUUGUAUGAGAUGCUGUUUACAAUCACCACAUAGACUCCUCAGGGCAUUUGCUGCAGGAGUAGCUAGCUCUAUGUCGGAUAGCUUCGACACAACAAAGUUCAACAGGGGUGGUAAGACUGACGGAUGGUUGCUUAUUUGAGGCGAGUACUCGUCUAUAACAAUCAAGAGUGUUCUUUGGGUACGCUGGCUGUGAGAAGAGACAAUAUCAAUAAAUUGUGGAUUGAAAAGCCUAUUAACUGCACUAUCAUCCUCCGGUAGAGCCUCUUGUAUCGACUUGAAUGCAAAUAAUGUUGACUCUACUUGUUCAGAUGAUUGUAAGACAUUAUUCAAAGUAUUAUAAAGUAUUUCAAUCAAGCCGUUCCUCAGUACGUAGUAUGAAUAAAUGAAGGUAUCACCAACUACCUGCCUAUAACUUAAGAAUUGAUCUCUCGCGAGUUGGUUCUGAGCAAUUGAACUUGGAAAUACGCUCUUUGUAAGAAGAAUAUAAGAGAGUUGGGUAAAGUAGUCCUUGAAAUGCUCGAUAUUUGUAGGGUCAUCUGAGAGGGUAUCCUGAAGUUGGAACCAGAUGUCGAGCGAACUUUCGGAUAUAGUUUCAUCACUUCCCGCCACACCUGGGAAUGAAGUUGCUGACAAUGCUAGUUGAAGAAGACCAUGGGUAGUUUGAGAGGUUGGCUGGUUGAUGAUGAAAUCCGUAUAGCUAUCGACAAAUGACAUCAACAAGUUGACAAUAGCUUGACUAUUUUCAUCGGACGAUUCAUUUUCUACGCAUUCCUGCCAUACUUGAGAAGUCAAAGGUGACGUCAAUAGUUGAGAGACUGGUACUGAAUAAUCCUUGAAAGUGAUAAGUAUUUCGACGAUUGCAGCAACUUUACUGUAGUUUUCAGUGUUUAUCGUGGAUAAAAGCACAUUUAACAGUCUAUCCAGGAAAUCAUGAGAACUGUUGAACUUCAGAUAAUUCUCAAUUGAAGUCGUUGUCGCGUCCAGAUCCUCCAAAUUGCUCAGUAUUGUGGUUUCUAUAUAGUCUUUGUUGGAAAGCAACUGCUGGCGUAACUGUUGUGUUUGCUCUUUGCUGAAUUCCAACCUUACGAGAUCCUCCAAGACGACGGCCAACUUGAAUGAGUCUGGUAAGUGCACCUGGCUGAGGAUACUGAAUAGGUCAUUUAACGAUGAUUUCACGAGUGUCACUAUUAGAGUAGAUAGCAACUUAUUAGAUAGCAACUUGUUUUGGUUGUUUUGAUUAGUGUAAUGUAAUAUUUUUUGCUGGAAACUGAGUUUAUCGUCCUCAUUAAGAUGUAUGAAGUCAUUUGAUGCUUUUAUUUGGGCUGUUAAGGCUCCGUAAAACUUGUAGAUCGUAUCAUCUAGCUCGAGGAGUUCUUCCAUGAGUUGCCAGCCAGCAGCUGACUUCUGUAUAUUGAGAAGCUCAUUUUGAUAGUACCUAAUAACGUCGUUCGACUUUGGCUGUACUAUGUUGCUAAUAAUCUCAUCGAGUGGGAUAUUACUCAUGGUCGUCGUACGAAGAGAAGACGAGAUAUAGCUAGUAUACAGAAAUGAGCUGUAUAACUCUCUAUAGUUUGUACUUCAUACGCUGCAGUAUCCUCUUAUGACCUCAGCGACUUGGCCGUAGAGACACCACGACUUUGACAGCUUUGGCAUCUUCAAAGAUCCUCAACUUUGACGACGAUGGACUUAAAUUUUAUCGGCGGUAAUUUAGGAAAAAUACAGCAAACCAAGUGCGUGGAUGAUUUCUCCGUUAUCUGACUUAUUUGUCACAGAUCAACUUCCCGACCACGCGGUUCUUUAGACUUGAGGAGAGGUUAUUCGAACGCAUCGCGUGGCUAUACUUUGAAUGAACAGGACGACUACAUCAGCUCUGAAGAAGAAGAUGAGAACAUAAACAUUUCACGAACCGACGCUACAAUGGUCCUGAAUAGGAAAGGAAAUGGUACACCGCCGCUGUCAGCUUCAGACGACAAGUUAACUUCACCACAACUCAGCAAUGCGCUAUUUACCAGUAACAAUUAUUCGCAACAUAUAACACCACCUGAAUCACCUCCAAACUCGUCCAAUAAGUUGCCACCAUCGCGUCAGCAGUCGCAUGCAGAUUUUCAUCACGACAUACAUCACAUCAAUAACAAGUCUAACCUCACUGAAUGGGCGCCAGCUGAAAUGGCUAAGCCUCCGCCGACCCAACGCAGGCUUCACAACCUUCCUGAUUGGAAUUUACUCAACAAGUCUGAAAACCACCUCACAGCCCACCCAAUUUCCCUCAUUCAAGCUGACUUAGAGUGGUCAUUGAGACACCUCAUGUCUGAGCAAGUUUUCGAGCAACUCCUAACUGAUUCACUUGGUAGAUAUCGCUUUAGACAAUUCCUUGAGACGCUUUCCCCAGAUUCAGUUAGCAAACUUGACUGUUGGACAGAUACAACAGUUUAUGAUAAGCUUGUCAACCAAAUUAGAGCUGGUUCUGAAGUACUUUAUCAGCUUUACCUGUCGUCUUCUUCACCGAACAAGGUAACCAUCCCACCAGUACACACUGAGAAUACAUUCAUCAGCCUACAAAAACUUUCACAAACAGACUCCGGUUUGGAACCAAUGCAACAACACCUCCUAACCUCGCUUUAUGAGAACGAAUUUCAGCAAUUCGUUCGUUUUAAGCUAGUAGAGAGAGCUAAAGUUAGGCUCGGUAAGGCCAUACUUUCUGACCGUGAAAAGGAUGGUUUGAGUGAUGCCUUUGUCAUAACAAACCCAAGGCUCCGCGACCAUCCCAUUGUCAUGGCUAGUGAUGGUUUCUCGAAGGUAAGACAAUUGUUUAAUGAGCCCUUUAACACAUAUAUUUAGGUCACUGGAUACCACCACUCAACAAUCAUUGGACGCAAUUGUCGUUUCUUGCAAGGACCAGGUACUGCUCCACAGUCGGUCCAACGUAUCAGAGAUGCACUCAAUAAUGGCGUAUCGAUCACCGAGUUGCUCCUCAACUAUCGCGCAGAUGGAACACCUUUCUUCUGCCUUUUGAACAUGAUUCCUUUGCAUGAUUCGCAAGGCAAGAUAGCUUACUUCAUAGGUGGUCAAGUAAAUGUCACUGGUAUACUCUCGUCUUCUAAGAAUCUCUCAUUCUUGCUUGGAUCAACCAACAAUGACCCUCAAAGUAUCGGGCUGAUAGAGGACAAGGGACUCACAUUUUCUCCAACAAUGAGCCGUUUCGGUAGACCAGAGGGUGAGGAUGAAGAUGAAGACAAUGAGUAUCAGUCUUUGAAUACUAAGACUUCUUCAAUGAAACUGGCAGCGGGCCAAUCCCUGGAAGUAGAACAUGAAGGCGAUAUGCUAACUAACUCGAGAUCUAGCCAGGGUGUUAGUGGGGGUAUGACCAUGGGAAGCAGAAUGAAGAAGUUCUUCUCAAAGAACAGACCGACUGAUCAGCUUCUCACUAACAACAAGACUGGCCAGAGGUUAUAUGGUGCCGAAAACCUUGCUGGAAGCGAGCCAAAACCGCUGGAGUCACAAUUAGCUUUCUUUGAGCACACAUACACGAAGCUCAUGGUUAUAAAACGCAACAAGAGAGAGAUUGUCUUCUUGACACCUGACUUACUCCAAUUUUUGGGACUUCCAACUAAAACAUCGUUCGACAGGAACUACUCGACACUACACCACGCUUCGCUUACGAGUGUACUCUCAUGUGGACCAAAGCGCAAUGCAGAAACGAAGGCCCUGAAGGAGCUGGUAAAAGAUGCUUUCAAGCGUGGUGAACCACUUUCUACUAGAGCUGGUAUUCGUUAUCUUGGCAAAGCUGGACUCUUCCAGCGUACAUCAGCUACUGAUGUCCGACAUGGUGUGCUUCACCUCACACCUAUGCUCGAUAGAGAGGGUCAAUGUUUCGCAUACGCUGCAGUGUUCUCUUAAACUGUUCUUUUGGGGAGACUUAGGGUCUGAAACAUACACGAAAAAAUAUCUUAAAUAUUAAUGGUUCUAUUUAGCACAUUAGUAAGUACCGCAAAUUGCAAAAAUGCUCGUUGUUGUAAUACUUCUAUUUUUU